AUGCUGAUAAAUAAACAUGUUAUGAUAAAAUUAUUGAAACCAAGGAUGUCUGAAACUCCCCAGCCUGGCGUUGCAAAGAAAGAAUUGACGCCGAAACCAAAUCAGGUUUCGACAGUUGUCCUUUAUGGAGUACCAAUUGUGUCAUUAGUUAUUGAAAACCAAGAGAGAUUGUGUUUAGCCCAGAUAUCUAAUACCUUAUUGAAACAGUUCAGUUAUAAUGAAAUACACAAUCGUCGUGUAGCUCUAGGUAUAACAUGCGUUCAGUGCACCCCUGUUCAACUUGAAAUUUUACGAAGAGCUGGAGCUAUGCCGGUGUCCUCUAGAAGAUGCGGAAUGAUAACUAGAAGAGAAGCAGAACGUCUAUGCAAGAGUUUUCUUGGUGACAAUGCACCUCCACGUUUACCAGAAGAUUUUGCUUUUGCAGUUCAUCACGAAUGCGCUUGGGGAUGCAGAGGAUCAUUUUUACCUUCGCGUUACAACUCGUCAAGAGCCAAAUGUAUUAAAUGUACAGUGUGCGGGUUGUUUUUUUCACCAAAUAAGUUUAUUUUUCAUUCACAUCGCUUGAGUGCUAACGAUAAAUAUGUGCAACCAGAUGCGGCUAAUUUUAACUCAUGGAGACGUCACAUGAAACUAAGCGGAAAUCCUCCCGAAGAAAUUAUUUACGCUUGGGAAGAUGUGAAGGCUAUGUUUAAUGGGGGAACUCGAAAGAGAUUAUUAGCCAGUUCUUUAGUCAGCCGGUCUCCUAAACAAAGUAAAAUUGAGCCCCAGCCUCAACCGAUUGUUCCAGCACCCAGAAUUCCAAAUUGUCAAGAAUUAUCCUUACCUAUUUCCAGAGUUGCAAUGGAUUUCAUAUAUCACAAACCACUAGCUUUCACUUCUUACUCUUCGUUUCCGUGGUUGAAACGCAAUCCCAUAUUAUUUCCUCAAGAUAAUCCUUUCUUUCCCAUCGAUAAAAGUUAUCAAUCUGCUUUCAAACCAGUGCAACCUAUUGUUGAAAGGACUGUUUCCCAAAAGGAUGAAGAAAGUGACGACGAAGUUGAUAUUGAAACUACUGAUGACAAAUCUGAUACUACACCUAACUGGGAUUUGAAAGAGGAACAGACUGUUUCUGUUGAACCAUCUCCUAGUCCUCAACCAUCUAGUGAACCUACUAGACAUCGUGAAGAAAUAUCUGCUAUUUCGCAAAAGAUUUGGAACCUUUCAAGACUAUCUUUUGAUGGAACCGACAGAACAAAUUUCUUAUACAGGCAAGAUUUACAUCGACAUUUUCUUAUAGGAUCAGGAGAAUCAUCAUCGAUGUUACGAACUUCAGUUGGAAUGGCCAUGAAUCUGAAGCCUAACGUGGAUUGUUCAACUUGUUUAAAUCAUAAUAACUCCGUUUUUUCGCCUCCAGAAACUAGUAAUAAGGUUACUUAAAUUGUCA